CUCCCCAUUCACUUUCAGACACCAGUCCUUCACUUUUACCCGAUUCCCUUUCCUUUGACUUCACUUCCCCAUCAGCGCUUCAGGACAUGGGUUCUGGAGAAAAGGUUUUUGUUUAUGAAGAUUUGGUCAAGCACAAAGACCGAGCUGAUUGCUGGCUCUUGAUCUCUGGAAAGGUGUAUGAUGUAACCCAAUUCUUGGAGGAGCAUCCCGGUGGAGAUGAAGUUUUACUUGCUGCCAGCGGCAAAGAUGCUACCGAUGAUUUCGAAGAUGUAGGUCACAGUGAUGAUGCAAGAGAGUUGAUGAAAAAGUAUGUCAUCGGAGAGGUCGAUAGCACCACGGUUCCGCUACGAAAAACGUUCAAACCGCAGGCUUCGACAACGGUGGCUCAGCAACCCAACGACGAGCCUGGCUAUCUGUCUAAGAUACUGCAGUUCCUGGUACCCCUCUUGAUCUUAGGCUUCGCAUUCGGCUUGCAAUUCUUCAGGAAGAAGGAGAAAACCGAAAAUUAGAUUACUUUCCCGUUAAGGAACUCCCUCGUGAAAGCUGUAUUUGCUGUGACAAUGGCUCAUUUGUCGUUUCGAAUAUGUUUCUGUUGUUUGAGAUAUUUUCUGUUAUAAGUUUUAGUCUUAUUGCAUAACUUAAGCAGUAAGUAGAUGUCUUGAGUUAUAGACCCUUCUUGCAUUGCAUAAUCUUAGACUUGGCAGUGCUUGCGUUUGCAACAUGUUCGUGUAUUUUCAUGUUUCGUAAUCGCAUUUAAGGUAUUAUAUAUUUACUU